GCGGCGGGCGCGCAGCGCCGGCGGUGAAGAUGGAGCCGCGUCCGCCUGGGACCGAGCCCCCGCUGCCCCGGGGGCCGGGACCGGGGCCCGAGCCGGAGCUAGAACCGGAGCCACAGCUGGAUCUGGAACCGGAACCGGAGCUGGCCUUGCAACGGGAAGCGGAGCCGGUGCUAGACCUGGAACCAGAACGGGAGCCGGACCUGGAACCAGCACUGGACCUGGAACCAGAACGGGAGCUGGAACCAGAACUGGAUCUGGAGCCGGAGCCGGAGCUGGAACAGGAGGCGUACCUGGACCCGGAGCUGGAGCUGGAGCUCUGGGCUCUUGAGGCCGCCGCUCCCGGCGCGGGGCCGCCGCCCUGGUGCCCGGGGGAGGCCGCGGGCAGCCCGGGCCCGGGGGGCCCCGCCGAGCCCCCGCCGGAGGAGGAGCCGCGCCUCCGCCCGGUCUUCGACGCCCUGGACCGCGACGGCGAUGGCUUCGUGCGCGUGGAGGAGUUCGUGCAGUUCGCCACGGCCUACGGCGCCGAGCAGGUAAAGGACCUAACAAAAUACCUGGAUCCCAGUGGAUUGGGAGUUAUCAGCUUUGAAGAUUUCCAUCGAGGGAUCAGAGCCAUCAAAAAUGGAGACCCUGACAGCCAGCUGUAUGAUAUGGGAUAUACCCCCGAGGAGGAAGCCCCGGCCUGCCCCGAUGAGUUUGAUGACUUCGUCACGUUUGAGGCAAAUGAGGUGACUGACAGUGCCUACAUGGGCUCGGAGAGCACCUACAGUGAGUGUGAGACCUUCACAGAUGAGGACACCAGCACCCUGGUCCAGCACGAGAUGCACGACGAGGUGGAGACCGACAGCGCCAUCGACUCCACCGUGCACUCAGAAUUCACAGAUCCCAUCGAGGAGCCAGAGCAUGGAUCCCAUCCCCACGAGCUGGCCCUGGGCUCCGAGCUCAGCCACUCCAUCGUCACCGUCAUCAGCGGGGAGGAGCAUUUCGAGGAUUACGGGGAGGGGAACGAGGCCGACCUGUUCCCGGACCCUUUGUGUAAUGGGGAAAGCAGCUUUGGCAGCUCCUCCUUCCUCUCUCCCAGCACCAAUCCGCUCGCUGCGAAACUGCACAGCAUUCUCGCAGAUGAGGCUUUUGAGUUUUACUGUAGCCAGUGCCACAAACAAAUCAACCGCCUCGAGGAUCUUUCUGCUCGCCUGAAUGAUCUUGAAAUGAAUAGCCCAAAUAAAAGACUUUCCAGCAAGAAGGUGGCAAGGCAGCUGCACCAGACCAGCUCACUGGCCGUGGGGGUGAUGGAGGAAUCCUACAGGGACAGCCUGGAAUGCACCGACGAGGACAUCACCGACAAGGUGGUGUUCCUGGAGAAGCGGGUGACAGAGCUGGAGAAGGACACGGCUGCCAACGGGGAGCAGCACAGCCGCCUCCGGCAGGAGAACCUGCAGCUGGUGCACAGGGCAAACGCGCUCGAGGAGCAGCUGAAGGAGCAGGAGCUGAGGGCUGACCAGACCCUGCUGGAGGAGAUCAAGAAGCAGAGGGAGCUGCUCAGCAAAAUGGAGAGGGAGAAGAGCAUUGAGAUCGAGAACCUACAGGCCAGGCUGCAGCAGCUGGAUGAUGAGAACAGCGAGCUGAGGUCCUGUGUCCCCUGUCUGAGAGCCAACAUCGAGAGGCUUGAGGAGGAGAAGCAGAAGCUGCUGGAUGAGAUCGAGGACCUCACUGUGCAGCUCACAGAGGAGCAGGAGAAAAAGAGGAAGAUGGGGGACAAGCUGAGUCAGGAGAGGCACCAGUUCCAGAAGGAGAAGGAGUCGACGCAGGAGCUCAUCGAGGACCUCAGGAAGCAGCUGGAGCACCUGCAGCUCUUCAAGCUGGAGGCAGAGCAGCGCAGGGGCCGGAGCAGCAGCAUGGGGCUGCAGGAAUACAACAGCAGGACGCGGGAGACUGAGCUGGAGCAGGAGAUCAAGCAGCUCAAGCAGGAUAACAGGAACCUGAAGGAGCAGAACGAUGAACUGAACGGGCAGAUCAUCAACCUGAGCAUCCAGGGAGCCAAGAACCUGUUCUCAGCCUCCUUCUCUGAGUCCCUGGCAGCAGAGAUCAGCUCUGUCUCCAGAGAUGAGCUCAUGGAAGCAAUCCAGAAGCAAGAGGAGAUCAACUUCCGCCUGCAGGAUUACAUCGACAGGAUCAUCGUGGCCAUCAUGGAGACCAACCCCUCCAUCCUGGAGGUCAAGUAAUGGCAGCUGGGAGCUGCUCUUGUUGGGUGGAUUUGGUGCUCUGAGAGGAUGAAGAGGGACUCCAAACGUCUUUGCACUUGAUGAAGGCACAAGGAAGCCUCAGGUCGGGGGGUGACUGAGCCACGGACCAGGGAAAAGGAAAACCAGCAGCCAGGCUUUGUUGUCUGACUCUGUUAUUUUGAAGCCCUCCUGGCUGUGGAGGGGUGAAAGGGAACCUGGAGAAGGAGCUCAGGAAAGGGACACUGCAGGAGAAGUGCCUGUGGCGCUGGGGACUGUCCCAAAGGCACCGGGCCCCUCCGAGGGGUGGAGAUGGAAGCGACAGCGCUGACUUUGCCCUGCUGCCCCGCCCAGCCCGAGCAUCUGCUGUGCCAAAGUGUCCCUGACACACUCGCUGGGCAGAGCUGGGAACGAGGGAAGCACGUCCUGGACUCGCACACGGUUGGGCUUUGGUUUUGUUUUGGGGUUUUGGUUUUUUUUUAAUUAACUUAAUGCAAAUGUCCUCCUCCAGCUGGCUCAGCUCAUCCUUGCCCCGUGCUCCUGCUGGGGCCGGCUGCGUGCAGAGCCCUCGGUGGCUGCAGGGGCGGCCCGGGGCUCUUGGGGACAGGGCAUGAGCGCACUUGGUCACCUGCCUCCUUAUUUAUUUUUGCUGUCUGUGGCUCAGUACUGUCGGCACGUCUCGGCAUCCCGGCUCCGCUCCCUCCUCCUCCUGCCGGGCUCUGCCGCUGCGGUGGCUCCGGGGGCAGCUGUCACUCGUCCCCAGCUGGGGACAGACACGCGGGCUCCGUCUGGCACCGGGGCAAGGCUGCAGCUCCUCAGCCCGGUCCUGGCCGCCUCUCCUGGGGACACGCAGCACUUCAGGAGCUGCAGAGAGGUCCGCGCUCCCCACCUGGCCUCCCGAAGUCCUGGGGACAGUGGCCUGUGCCGUUCAUUCCCAGCCGGAGCAGGGCUCUGCUGGUGAUAGCUGCAGUCCUGGAGGGAGAGCCUGCUCCGGCUGCCUGGGCUGCGGCAGGGGCUGCAGGAUCCACGCUCGUUCCUCAUCCCUGGCACUGCCCGGGCUGGAAUCUCUGUGCUGGUGGGAGAGGAGCUGGACAACACCGCGGCAGCUCCCUGGGAAACAAAAGCCAUGUUUACAUCAGACAGCUCUGGGCUUGCUGGCACAAGUGGCUGUGGCACAGCGUGACCCCGGGAGUGGCCGCUCUCCCCUCCUGCUCCUCCGGGCUCCCGGGAGCAGACAGCGGAAUCCCAGGGAUCCAGCGGUUCCUCUUCCUGCUUGGCAGGUUUUGGGAAUGCCAGGACGGCCUGCAAGCAGAAGCCACAGCAAUCCUGGGGGUGCCUGCUCCUCCCCAAGCCCCUUCCAGCCCUCGGGGUGACCCUGCCCGGGGACACAUGGCCGCUGUCACCGCCUUAUCCCGGGGGACACGGCCGAGCCACGGCUGUGUCACCUCUGGGUGCUCAUCCCUGUGGGGCAGCAGGGUUGGGGUGAGCCCCAAAGCAGCUCCUGCACCCCAGCCCUUCCUGCCUCCCUCCUUGCCCCCAGGCCGCGGGAAGAAGCCACGUUCUGUACAUUUCCAGAGAAGCUUUGGGUGUAAAUCAGUGUAUACUUGGAGAGGGAAAAUUUUUCUAUCUUGUAGAGUAGGUAUUUUUAUAGAAUGAAGGUUGAUCCAUUUUUUUAAUACUUUAAAAGAAGAGAGAAAUGUAUCUGUGUAUACACAAAAGCAUAUAUAUAUAUAUAUGUAUAAAUAUAUAAAUAUUGGAGAUCUGCCUUUCUCGACUUGGGAUCCCUGGUCCCCAGGUCUCAAACAAUCGUUUGUUUUUUCCUGUCGCUCUCACUGAGGUACUGUAACUGUAAAUAAGCACCGGGAAAAAAAAAGUUUUAAGCAAACAAAAAGCACUGACUUGCACAUUCACCAUGCUUUAAAGUCCCUAUGGAGAGAGAAAAACAAAAACAAAACAAAAACUGUACAUCCUGAAAAUGUUCCUCUUUCCCGACUGGUAUGUGAAGGAAGUCCCCCAAAAAAGAGGCAAAAAUGGUAUUGUCUUAACUGAUGUAUCAAUUCUUGUCGGAUUAAAAGCUGUUACUAUUC